GGCUGCAACCGCCCCGGCUCGGUCCUGCCCUGCUGUCAACGCGGCUGCCCCGGUGCGAGUGGGGGGCCAUGGGGGACCCCGGCAAGCAGGACAUCCAGGCCAUCUUCAAGCGCCUCCGCUCGGUCCCCACCAACAAGGUGUGCUUCGACUGCGGCGCCAAGAACCCCAGCUGGGCCAGCAUCACCUAUGGGGUGUUCCUCUGCAUCGACUGCUCGGGCUCGCACCGCUCCCUCGGGGUGCACCUGAGCUUCAUCCGGUCCACCGAGCUGGACUCCAAUUGGUCCUGGUUCCAGCUGCGCUGCAUGCAGGUUGGAGGCAACGCGAACGCGGCGUCCUUCUUCCACCAGCAUGGCUGUGCCACCAACGAAACCAACGCCAAGUACAAUAGCCGUGCAGCCCAGCUCUACCGGGAGCGAAUCAAGGCGCUGGGCACCCAGGCCACCCGCAAGCAUGGCACUGACCUGUGGUUGGAGAGCUGUGCCACCCCUAGCCCGGCCUCUCCGCCCUCUGAUGAUGACUUCUUCGCCUCUCACACGGCACUGGAGGUAGGUGGGGGACCGGUGAGCAACACAGGUCCGGCACCAGCACCCCCAGAACCUUCUCCAGCACUCUGGGCCACAGACCCUGCUCCAGGUGUUAUGGAAGGUGAAGCAGAGAAAGGACCAAGUGUGGAAGGUCUUAACGCGCCCACCAAGGCUCCUUUAGAGAUUUCCUCCAUUAUCAAGAAGAAACCAACUCAGGCCAAGAAAGGACUCGGGGCCAAAAAGGGAGGUCUGGGCGCCCAGAAGCUGGAGAACCGAAGCUUUGAUGAGAUCGAGAAAAGGGCGCAGGCAGUCGACAAGCUCAAGGAGCAGGAGGACCUGGCCCGGGCCUCGAGCAAAGACGAGUCCAUCGUGCCGUCCUUGCGGUUAGCCUACCAGGACCUCUCCAUCCACGGGAAGACUGACGCCAGGGGCAGCCUCGGAGGCAAGAAGCAGCUGGAGUCAGAGCGGCUGGGCAUGGGGCUGGGGUCAGCAAGAAGCGGCAUUUCACAUUCGGUCACUUCAGACCUGCUGACCAUCGAGCAGGUUUGGCCAGUCGCGGCUAAACCGAAGAAACAAUACAGCGACGACAGUGACGACUCCUAUUUGACUUCUAGUUCGAGGAACUCAGACAUGGCCCUGGACAUACGGAACACUGCCUUUUCCAGCUGGGAUGACAGCUCUGACUCCUUCUGGAAGAAAGAGACCAUCAAAGACCCCGACAGUGACCUGAGAGCCUCCGGCUACUUAGAAAGACCCACUUCUCGCCGCAAGCCGGAUUAUUCGCCUGUGGAAAGUUCAGACGAGGUGCAGAAGAAAUUCGGCAACGUCAAAGCCAUUUCGUCGGACAUGUACUUCGGCAGGCAGGCCCGGGCUGACUAUGAGACCAGAGCGCGGCUGGAGCGCCUCUCAUCCAGCACCGCCAUCAGCUCUGCCGACUUGUUUGACGAGCAGCGGAAGCAGGCGACAGGGAACUACAACCUGGCAAAUGUGCUGCCCCCCGCCCCCGACAUGGCCCAGCUGCGGCAAGGGGUGCGAUCUGUGGCUGGGAAACUGUCUGUCUUUGCCAAUGGGGUCAUGACCUCCAUCCAGGACCGCUACGGCUCUUAGUCCCAGAGCCAUGCAGCUGCCUAGAUUGGACCAAACCAGACGGGACCCAGCUCAGGCCACUCCAAAGCCUCCCCCAUGCCCAUCGCCCACUGCACUCCCACCUCUGAGAAACCUCCUGCCCCAUAGAUGCUCCCUGAAAUCUCUGUCUUCCACUCCCUGGCACUACCUUCUGGGCACACAGCCCCAGGGGGCCCCUAUCUCCUGCUGUGACCCCAAGACACAGUCCCAACCCCCAGAGCCUCCGGCCAGCCCAGGCCCCGUCACUCGCCUGGAACCAGCUGAGCUCAGUCUUCCCAAGGCGGUUUGUGCCACCAUUCGCCACCGUGUUAUUCUGGGUUUUUGGGAAAAGCUCGAGCAUGCCCGAAGCAUUUACAAAACAGAUCCUGUACAGAAAAUUAAAGAUGAAUGUGGAGGAUCCCUAUU